CACCUGCCGCAUUCGCAUCUCCCUCAUCGCUCUACUCCCAGGCCGCAGCCAGCCGGCACACGCUUGCUACCCGCCCGCACGCCGCGCCACUCCGCCAUCGCCGCUGCCACCACCUCCCCUCCUAGGCCCUCAUUCCCUCUAUUCCCACAGGCGCUGCCGCCAUGAGCGCCGCCGCCGCUGCCCAGCUGGCCUCGCCCGAGGCCACGACGUCGGCCAUCCUCGGCGCCUCGCACAACGGCUGGUCGCCCUCGCGCGCCGCUCGCCGCCCCUUCUUCGAGGGCGGCGCGCUGGACCCGCAGCUCACCGGCACCAGCGACGCCUCCUCCGUGCCCGACCCCGGCAGCCCGCUGCGCCGCAGUAGCGGCACGCUCGGCCAGCUCCGCAGCCACGGCCUCGUCUCCAACAGCAUCUUCAAGCAGGCCGCCGACGACGAGCACUCGCCGCUCGCCAGCCCGAGCAAGCGCGGUGCGCUGGGCGGCUCGCCGUCGCGCUUCGGCGCACCUGCCUCGCCGUCGCGCGGCCUGCCAGCGUCGGGCUCGCGCAUCGUCGGUGCGGCACCUGCCGGGCCCAACUUCUCCCUCUCGCCGCGCAAGCUCAGCAGCGAGCAGGCGCCGUCGGCACAGCCGCCGCGCAAGUCGCAGGGCUUCGAGGCGCUGAAGCAGGCCAGCUGCGUAUCCAACUCGCCCUUCCGCAACGGCGGCGCGCCGGCCUUGCCCACUCGGCCUCUCGAGACGCCGCGCAAUGCCUGGGCUGCCUCGGCUGCUGCGCGUGUGGGCGGCGCGUCGCCCUCUCGCUCGCCGCAGCGGGCGCCCGCCGCCGAGCCGGUGACGCCGACAGAGACGCGCAGCGUGGAUGUCUUUGGCACGCCCGAGCGCACAUCGUCGCGCCCGGAGCACGCAUCUCCGAGCCGGCCUAUUGCAGAUGAGGCCACGCCUCGCCCGCGCUCGCGCGCCAACAGCACGGCUGCCGCAGGCGACAGCCCGUCGUCGCGUGGCCUGCUCACCUCCAACCGGCUACAUGGCCCGCGCACGAUGAGCAACCCAGGCUCGGGCGCAGAAGACUCGGACUCUGCACGCCGCGAGCGGCGAAAGACGGUCACGUUCGACGAGGUGCUCGACGUGCAGGAGUUCGACCGCGAGAGCAGCUUUGAUGUCGAGAGCAUGCGCAGCGAAGGCUCGGCGCUCUCCAUCGGCGAGACGGCGUCGGACGUCGGCUCAGAGGAUGGCAUGUGGCGCGAAGGCAUGGGCAAUGCAGGCGCCGCUGCGCUGCAAGUCGUGAAUGCCUCACCCGUCAACUCCAGCCCGGCCUUCUCGUCCGGCGAGGACACGCAGGUCGAGGACCUGUACAGCGGCUCCAGCCAGGACUCGCGCGACUCGAGCCUGCUGGAGGACCCGCCGAGCCCCGUGGCGCGGCUGCCGCUCGACGAGCAGAGCUUCGAGAAGAGCUACGCGACGGCGAACGGCGAAGGCGACGAGAGCUUUGACCGUGAUCUGAGCUUUGCCAGCCUCAGCGGCAUGCACCGCGUCGACUCGAUGGUCGAUGAGCUGCUGCACGGCUCCAUCCUGGGCAGCCCCACGACGGAGCGGCGUCCGAGCAUCCACUCUGCUUCGCCGCGCCGAGCUGUGCUGCCGCCGUCGGGUCUGGCACAGAUGCGCAGCGCCGAGCCGACCGUUCAGCUUGCCGAGCCUCCCGCCACGCCGAAGUCGCCCGUCGACAACCUCCGCGACGUGCAUGCUCUCGCACCUGCGCACAGCUUCGAGGCUUCCAUCCACGAGCGGCAAGACAGCGACGACAGCGCGCUCGAGGUCGCUCACUCACUCGCUUCGCCUGCACGGACAGAGGCGGCACAGGCCGGCCGCAAGCCGCUGCCCGUCCUUCCGGUGGCUGCCGCUCCGCCAGCACGCCUGGCAGUCGCAGGCCUCCCGACGCUCCCGAACUGGAGCCCGCUGAUGGACAGCAAGGCCCUGCCGAACGAGGACGACGACGCUGUUGAGGCCAUCACGCAGACGCUCGCACAUUCGUCACUGAACCGCUCGCCUGAGCACUCUGUGCACUCGUCGCCGGAGGUGCCGACACCUCGCCGCAAGACCUCAGUGCGCGGGCGCCCGCACAUCUCGCGCGAUGCCGUGCUCUCGCGCGUGGCGCGGGAGAAGCAGGCUCAAGCGCAGGCGCUGCUGGCGGCGACUGCCGAGGCCAAUGAGACGGGCGACGAGCGCGGCAUCUCGCAUGCGCAGAGUCAGAUGCUGCCGACUCGGCCGCGCGGCUCUGAGCCUGGCACGCACCGCGUGCUCUCUGCAAGCACGCUCUCGCGCCCGAGCAUGCCCGCGCCCUCGCAAGCGCAGGCAGCAGCUACGGCGUCCGUCUCGGCCCAGGCACCGCUUCCGAGCCCAGUGCGGCAACUCGACGCUGCAAGCCCGCUCGAGCGUCUUGGUGCCGAGGUCGCAGCUGAGCAGGCUCAGCACGCUGCAUCGGUGGGCGAGCGCACACCGCCCGCUCCCGCUGCUGCGGCCACCUGGUUCGAUCGCGAGGACAGCGUGGAGCCCGAGAGCGCGCAGCCGGCGGUGCCCGCAAAGGACGCCAGCUUGCGCGCACCUGCACCGGCACCCAUCGACACGAGCUCUGGGCGCCUCUCCCCGUCCCUCCUUGGAGCACCGCCGACGCCCGUGAGCCCGGCACAGCACGCCGAGAACAUCAUCGCGCGCCGGCGCAGCAAGAACGGCAAGCCGGCUCCGCGACGCAGCCUCAGCACGGGCGAUGCCAUGGCCGCCGUGUCGCCGCCGGCGAGCGUCAACUCGUCGCAUCUGUCGCACGAGGAUGACGGCGUCAUCUCGCCGGCAGACGACGAGCCUGCGGAGGCAGAGCAGAGCCGCGAGACGGUGACCAACGACCUGCAGGAAAGCCAGAGGCUGCUCAAUGCCAGCGUGGCGAAGGCCAUGGAGUACGGCUUCGGCAAUGGCAUUGAGCGGGAGAUCAGCCGCAUCUACAAGGCAGAGCAAAAGUAUCACGUCAGCGAUCGCGGCGCCUUCACGGGCGUGGCGGGCGACAAGGUCUCGCACUCACAGCGUGCGGGUGACGUCGACAGCGGCAAGGCGUGGCGCCGCCUGCGCCGGCCGUCGGACAUGCACGAGUACGCCAAGGAGAUGCGCGAGUACCGCGCGAGCGAGAACCCGCGCAAGGCCGCCGGCAAGGUGUUCGUCUUCAUCGACUCGUUCACGCCGGCAGCGCUGCCCGUGCCCACGCGGCCGACCAAGUUCUUCUGCGUGCUCGACAACGGCCUGCACGUCGUCAAGACAGGGUCGGCCACGCUGCGCGCCGGCGCGCCAGCCAAGAUUGGGCAGGAGUUCGAGCUCAUCCAGCACAAGAACCUGGCAUUCAGCCUCACGCUCAUGGUGCAGCGCGAAGGCGCGCCGCACCUGCUCGAGCCUGUCGCACCGGCACCGAGCGUGACGGAGAGCAAGAAGUCAAGCCCGAGUCUGGCCAAGGGCGUGCGAGGCUUCUUCAGCAGCCCCAAGAAGGCAAGGCCCGUCUCGAUGCACUCGCCCGUCGCCGUGCAGGUGCGCGAGCCGAUCCUCUCCUUCCUCGACCGCGACGGCGCCUUUGGCCGCAGCAACGUCGUGUUCGAGAGCGUGGCGCAGCAGUGCGUCGGCCGCUGCCACGUCCUUGAGCUGCCCGUACUGGGCACGCGCGAUGCCUCGGGCCGCCCGUCGCCGCCGCGCGGCACCCUCCGCCUCAAGCUCUUCUACUUGCCGCCCAUGCCGAGCGUGCCGCGCAACCUCCUGCCCGAGAACCUGACGGAGUGCAUCCGCGGCAUGCAGAAUGCAGCCUGGCAUGCCUCGGAGCCGUGGAUGGAGGGCGUACUGACGCAGCUUGGCGGCGACUGCCGGAGCUGGCGCAGACGGCCUGUCAAGGCGCAGGGCGCGCACCUCAUUGGCUACAAUGAGAUCACGAAGCGGCCCACGAUUAAGAUCGACCUCUCGAAGGCGAUCGCCGUCGAGGACAGCUGGGACCCAGUCGGCAGCCCGGCGGGCCCUAGCGAGGCGACGCCCUCGGACGGACGCGCCUCGCGCAUCACUGCGCGCUCGGCGUACGACGACGAGGAGCUCGACGAGACGUACCACGUCGAGCGCUCCUUCCGCAUCACGUUUGCCGACGGCGAGCGCAUCAGCUUCUUUGCCGACACGGACGAGCAGAAGGAGGCGUGGAUGAAGUGCUUCCGCUCCAUCAUCGAGCGCGACGUGCCGCCGAACCCCAUGUGGGCGCAGGUCGCCCUCGAGCUCAUCCACAGCGCGCAGACGAACGCCGCGGCCGCCGCCGUCGCCUCGCCGCCCAGCGACACCACGGCGCCGCCCACGCGCAAGGUGUCGGCCAGCCGCGACGCCGCACGCAAUGUGCCGACGACGGUCAGUGAGGAGGCCAACACGCCGCAGCGACCCACGCAGCCUCGCCCGCGGCCGAUGAGCACGCAGGCGCUGGGCAGCUACCGGCCCAGCCCGGGUGCUCGUGCUUGAUCUUUGCCAUCGACGUCGACCUCGCCUCGCCUCUCUCUCUCCGCCCUCUCACCUCGCAUCCCGCUGUUCCCUCUCGCACAGGCUCCGCAUCCUUUUCCACCUCGUCUGCUCCAUGUCGCGCACAUCUGCCUCUUUGCCCCUUCCCAUCGUCUUAGGCCCUCCUCCGUCCGUUUCGUCUCUUCCUCCUUCCAGAUUCUGCAUGGCCGUGUGCGCUCCUCUAGCUGCGCCGGCAGGUUGCCACGACCGAGCGACCCUUCGCUCCCUCGUCGGCUCCACCUUGUCUAUACUCGAGGCCUCGUCGCUGCAAUGCCACACGUGACACUCC